GUCUUCUGCGAUCUCGAGAAAUAAUAGAAAUAUUAUUGGACAUGUGCACUGAAAAAUUAACCAAUUGUGAAGAAGAUAAUAAUUUGUUAAGAAAUAUUCACCAACAAAAAACAAAUAAAAAUAAAGAUGUUAACAAUAUAUACAGAAAAAAGGCCGUCUUAGCACAGACUCUAUUGACCAGUGCGGUAAUGUUGAGCUCUGCCAGUUGCGGCAUGCCAGUAGGAUAUUCAGCCGUGUUAUUACCUCAACUCAAAUCGAUUAAUAAUUCAAUGGAAAUUGACGAUGAAAUGGGAUCAUGGAUCGCAAGUAUACAUUCGGCUGCAACACCUCUAGGAUCACUUUUGAGCGGCAUACUCAUGGAACGAUGCGGUAGAAAGUUAGCCCUGCAAAUAGGUGCGAUGCCUUUGAUCUUCGGAUGGCUAUUAAUAGCUUUAUCUGCAAACCACGCCAUUCUUUUACUUGGAAGACUCAUAGCAGGUUUCUCGGCCGGACUUACGGCAGCGGCUGGACAAGUUCUUAUAGGAGAAAUUUCAGAGCCACACUUACGUGGUUUACUCACUAGUGUACCGUUGGCAAGUUACUCGUUCGGCAUAUUACUUGUCUAUGCACUGGGAUCUUUGUUACCUUGGAGAUAUGUAGCAGUUUCAAGUACAAUCUUACCUGUCAUAUCGCUAGUAGUAUUUUUCUUUCUUCCUGAAAGUCCAGUAUGGUUAAUCAGGCACCGAAAGAUCGAAGAUGCGAAGAAAGCUUUGAUAUGGCUGAGAGGCGGCGAUACGAUUCAAGCUAAAGAGGAAACACAACACCUCAUCGAUCGUAUGGACUCCGAAACAAAAACUCAAGAAAAAAUAAAAAUAACCACCCUGUUCCAACCGGAAGUUAUGAAGCCUUUAAUUAUAAUUAACGUAUUUAAUAUAAUGCAAUUACUUUCCGGGACUUAUCUCAUCGUUUUUUACGCUGUAGAUAUCUUACAACACAUUCAAAACGGACCGAAAUUCGAUCAUUUUAUGGUAGCAAUCUUAACAGCAUGCGUGAGAUUUAUUUUUUCCAUAAUAGGCAGUUUUCUCUUAACAAUAAUCGGACGUAGACCUCUAGCUCUAACUUCCGGCUUGGGAACAGCUGUUUCAGCACUAAUCCUCGCAAUGUUCCUCCGACAAAAUUGUCAAGGUUUCAACUACGUCCCGGCUUUAUUUAUACUGAUAUACGUGGCUACCAACACAUUAGGAUUUCUAAUACUCCCUGGGGUAUUAUUGGGUGAACUUUUCCCGGCGAAAAUAAGGGGAUUGUCUGGAGGUAUAACGUUUAUGAUGUUCAAUUUCACAUUAUUCGCCGUUGCCAAAGUAUUUCCUUUCGUGAAAAACGUUGUCGGAAUAUCGGGGGUAUUUUUGAUUUUCGGAAUGACGUCGAUAGCAGCUUGUUCGUUUCUGUAUUUAACUCUACCGGAAACUAAAGAGAAAAGCUUAAGUGAUAUUGAAGAUUUUUUUCAACAAAAUCGUUUUCUAUGGAUGAGGAAACGAAAGCGUGUCGAGAAAAAGAAUGCAAUCGAGACUGAGACCUUGGAAGCUUAAGACUGUAUAUGUUAUUUUAUUUUUAUUUAGUGUUUAAUUUUAAUAAACAAAACUAUAGAAAAAAA